CGUUCGCGCCGCAUAGCGAAGGUGACACCUGCAACGCCAGCAACUGAUAGAAGUUCAUUGGUAGUGAAUGAGUUGAAGCUUGCAGUUCAACACAGACAAACAAGGAUAACUUUCACAUCUCGACUAGUGAUCACUUCUCUUUCAACAUCGCUUGCGUAAGAUGGCUGUGCCUAUUGUAGGUGCAUCUCAGAUCAGCACCGCAGCAAGACUGGAUGAGUUGCUGCAACGCGCGCGAACUGUCAAGCCAAGCACUUCAAUCGAGCCUCCACUCCAAGUCUCAGAGCUAGUGCCUGAAAAUGGACCUCUCUUUAGCGACAUUAACGGCGAAAAAGACGUUUUGUCGACCGCAGUCGAGAGUGCUGCAAAGGGUGUUUUCUACGCCAAUAUCGGAUUGACAAGAAUCGACGAGCCAGCGUUCAUAACUGUAUGGAAUCUGCUUGACAUCCUGCAGUACUGUGGUGAUAGAGACGUAUGCUCAGCACAACUGGUACUCUUGCUUAUCGAAGAGCUGCUGGACAGCCAGUCACUGGCGCAAUGUCGAACAGUGUUCAGCUUCCUUGAAUCGCGGAGAGAGGCCAUCAUUGCGAUAAGCUCCCAGAACAAGUCAUUGGUCAUUUUGCGACUGUGCAAUGAGCUGCUUCGUCGGUUAUCUCGCGCAGAGGAUCCAGUCUUCUGUGGACGUGUCUACAUCUUCAUGUUCCAGAGUUUCCCGCUUGGUGACAAGAGCUCAGUCAAUCUUCGUGGAAAUUUCCAUGUCGAGAACGUAACAACGUUCGAAGAGUUCCUGACCGAAUCAAGUACGAAUGAGGACCCCAUGCAAGUCGACAAUGAUGCAAACACGCCUUCAAUCAAAACAACAGCGGAGCCAGAAGACCUUUCGGCGAAGCCUCCUAACUCUCGUAAAAGCAAAGAGGGCCCGCCAACGCUGGACAUCGAUACGCUUUACCCAGUCUUCUGGUCGUUACAGCACUCAUUCUCAAACCCUCCCCGUUUGUUCGAGGAGAAUAACUUUAAAGAUUUCCGAAGCAGUCUAGAGGCGACGCUCGCGAAAUUCAAGGAGGUGCCGAAGGUGAUACAAUCAGGGGACAUUGAACGCAAGAAAGGGUCAAAACCCUCGUCGGGCGACAGCUAUGACGCGUUUGCAAACACGUUCAACCCCAAGUACCUCACAAGCCGCGAUUUGUUCAAGCUCGAGCUAAGCGACCUCGCUUUUCAGCGUCACAUACUGGUUCAGGCCUUGAUACUCAUCGACUUUCUGUUGACAUUAACCGAGAAGGCAAAGAGCAAAUCACUCUAUCAGAAUGCGCAGAAGGCCAUGCAGUACAACUUCACAAUGCGUGAGCAAGACACCGAGUGGGCAUUGGGCAUCAAAACCGCCGUUGCAAAUUACCUGCAGGAGGGUCCGGAUGGCAAAUUCUACUACCGUAUGGUAGACACUGUGCUUUCCCGGGAUAAGAACUGGGUGAGAUGGAAGAUGGAGAACUGUCAGCCGUUCACUCGGAAACGGGUCGAUACAGCAGAGUUCCUGACAUCCAAGUCUGAUGCAGUGCGUGCCGUCUCGAAGAAGAGGCCAAAUGAGCCUACAGGCGUGUCCAGUUCUCUAAACUUCUUGUACAACACAGAAGCAGAGAAGGGGCUGUCGCAGCUUAGACAGCGUGAUCGGUUCAAUGCACCUAGUGCAGAGAUCUACGCAAAGAAGGCCAAGAUGAUCGACUUGGACUUGGAAAUUGCUAACAAUGAUGCUGAGAAACGUGAGCUAGAGGAGAAGAAGUCCAGCUACAUCUGGAGAGGUCUCCGCGCGGCUUCUCAGAAACAGCUGAGCUCGUUCGACAAGAUCGAACAUGGUAAAGGUCUGGAGGCUCUUCAGCCGGUCCCUUCUCAAGCUGAAAUUGCAGGCGACAACACCGCACCCACUGUUCCGGAAGACAGGGAUGCAGCUCCGCAAGAAGAACAGCAUAGCGUUGAGGAGCAACGGGCCGAGCAACGAAGUCAAGUGACUGCAGACACAGAGAUGGAGUAGCCAGCAGGGCAUUGUUGCCUGUACGAGGUUGGCGUGUCGUCAGGGGUACUGAACAUGCAGUCUUCUUCACGAAUUUCGGCCUUUUUUGACGAUGUGCAUUGUGGGGAGAAGAGUGGCGCCUGGCUCCUCAGGAGAUGCUGUAGACGAGGGUCAUACGAGGCACAGCCAGUCAUCAUACAUGUCUUCGAGCGAUCGUUGAGGUACCAAUGGGGUCGCCAACAGCCUGUGAGGCAGCUGCAGGACGGCGCCACAGUACAUACAGCGCCACGAUCUGCAGCUACAUAGAUGAAGGGCACAACCAAGAGGACUGGUCCGUCGUGCCUGGCUAGACACUGUGUCAUUCCCGGCACUGCAGAAAUGAGCUGUACAGCGAACACAGCAAGUGCCACUGGCAGCUAGGAUGACAGCAGGCGGGUAUGGGCCGUGUUGCAGUCAUUGGCCGAAGUUUGAGUUCAGAUGCUCCACGUACGU